AUGAUAGUCUGCCUUACAUUAGGAGGCAGCUCAAGUGUCUGGGUGGUCAGAGAUGAAAAUAAGCAUGAUGGGAAGUUGCAGUUUGAAGAUGCUGACAUUGUUCAAUCAGAGCAAGCGGUGGUUGCUUUGGAUGAUGGCCGUUGCUCUGAAAUUUGUGUGUCGAUGCUUAGCCAAGGUGGUCAUGCUGUUGAUGCUGCUGUGGCAACCACGCUGUGCCUUGGCGUUGUCAAUCCAUCUGCAAAUGGCAUUGGAGGUGGAUCUUUCAUGAUUGUUCGAUCUUCUUCAUCAUCAACUACCUAA